AUGAGUAACAAACAAGACAUGAUGAAAAUUCAGAAUUGUCUUCUCAAGGUUAAUAUCCAUUGUGAAGGUUGUGAGCAGAAAGUAAAGAAACUUCUUCAGAAAAUUGAAGGGGUGUAUUCUGUGAAUAUAGAUGCAGAACAGGGGAAAGUUUUGGUGUCGGGUCACGUAGAUCCGGCAAAGCUCAUAAAAAAGCUGAGAAGUUCAGGGAAAUAUGCUGAACUAUGGGGUGGCCAGAGAAGCAUGGGGUUCAAUCAAAAUCAAAACUUUCAACAACAACAACAACAGCAACCUCAGUUUAAGAACGUGCAAAUGGAAAACAACAAAGGAGGUAAGAACAACAAGGCUCAGAAUCAGAAGGGUCAGAAAGGUGGUGGUGGUGGUGGUGGUGUUCAAGUUGCUCAGUUUCAGAAUCCUAAAGGGGGGAAAGAUCUGAAAGGGGCUAACAAAACUCAGAAACAUGUUAAUUUUGAUUUAUCUGAUGAAGAGUUUGAUGAGAGUGAUGGUGAUUUUGAUGACUAUGAUGAUGAAGAUGAUUUUGAUGAGUAUGAUGAAGAUGAUGAUUUUGGUCAUGGUCAUGGUCAAGCUCAUGGAAAUGGAUUUGGGCAUCCUAUGCAAAAUAACAAGAUGAUGGCUAUGAUGGGUAAUGGUCGUGGGCCACAGCUAGGGCCUGGUGGUAUGAACAACCAUAAAGGUAAUGGUUUUGGUGGUGGGGGUGGUGGAGGUGGUAAUUAUGCAUCUGCCAAAAAAGGUGAUGUUUUAGAUCUACCUAUGCAGAUGAAGGGUAAAAGUAAUGGAAAUUACAGCGAGGUGAAAAAUGGAGAUGAAAAAAAUAGUAGCAAGAAGAAGAAUGGUAAAACCAAAAAUAGUGGUGGUGGUUUUCUUGUUAAGUUUCUAGGCCUUGGAAAAAAGAGCAAGAAGGGAAGUGCAAGUGAAGCAACAAAUAAGAACAAAAACAAUGGAGGAGCAGGUGGAAACAAAGGGAAAGAAGGUGGUAAGAAAGGUGGAUCAAAAUUGGAUAAACUUGAUUUUGAUUUUCAAGAUUUUGAUAUCAGUACUCCUCAUGGUAAAAAUGGUAAAGGUGGAAAUGGAAAUGGAAAAGGGAAUCCUAAUCCUGCCAAGGUUAAUAAUAAUGGUCAUGGUAACAAUAAUGGUAAUGUGGGCCAUAUGGGCCAGAUGGGUCAAAUGGGCCAGAUGGGCUCAAUGAAUAGGAUGGCUCCAAUGGGCCAAAUGGGUCCAAUGGACCACAUGAGGCCGGCAGUACAAGGGUUACCGGCAGGGGCGGCUGCUGCGAUGAAUGGUGGCUAUUAUCAAGGAAUGCAGCAGAUGCAGAUGCAACCGAAUCCUUAUCAGCAACAACAGCAGCAGCAACAGCAAUACAUGGCUGCUAUGAUGAUGCAGCAACAGCAGCAGCAGCAACAGCAAGCGAGUAUGAAUGGUAUGUAUCCGCCGCAUAUGAUGUAUGGAGGAGGAAGGCCACACCCCUCAAUGAACUACAUGCCACCACCACCAAUGCCUUCACACCCUAUGGCAGAUCCUAUUACUCAUGUUUUCAGUGAUGAGAACACAGAGAGUUGCAGCAUCAUGUAA